UUCAACAUUGAAGAAAUAAGAAAUUGACACCUCAAAUGAUCGUGUGAAGAAAAAGCUUGAUGAGAGGAAGAAACUUUUUCACUCACAUUGCGUUGUGAAUUUGGUAGGAAUCAUGUGGUUGUUUUGAAAUUAGAUUAGCUUGUUAAUUUAGGUGGAAAGAGAAUUGAGGUUGGAAAAGUUAAGAAAAUGGGAGCUAUUGCUGGUGAAGAGUUGUCGAAAUGGGAGAAGAUGAAUGGAGUGAUGAGUGGUUGUGAAGAGAAGAUUCUUGUGUUACUUAGGCUUAGGCCUUUGAGUGAGAAGGAAAUUUCUGCUAAUGAAUCUGCUGAUUGGGAAUGUAUUAAUGAUACUACUAUCUUGUAUCGGAAUACGUUGCGCGAGGGUUCUACGUUUCCAAGUGCCUACACAUUUGACAGAGUAUUUCGAGGUGACUGUGAUACAAAGCAGGUAUAUGAGGAAGGAGCUAAAGAAAUCGCUCUUUCAGUUGUCAGUGGAAUUAACUCAAGUAUUUUUGCUUAUGGGCAAACGAGCAGUGGAAAGACAUAUACUAUGGUUGGAAUAACUGAAUUUGCUGUAUCAGAUAUUUUCGACUAUAUAAAAAGGCAUGAAGAAAGAGCAUUUGCAUUGAAGUUCUCAGCAAUUGAAAUUUACAAUGAAGUUGUUAGAGACCUUCUCAGCGCUGACAACACUCCACUUAGGUUGCGCGAUGAUCCUGAGAGAGGACCCGUUUUAGAGAAACUCACAGAGGAGACUCUACAGGACUGGGAUCAUUUUCAAAAUCUCCUAUCCUUUUGUGAAGAUCAGAGACAAGUAGGAGAGACAUAUCUGAAUGAAAGGAGUUCAAGAUCUCAUCAAAUUAUCAGAUUGACAAUGGAAAGUUCUGCUAGGGAAUUUCUGGGCAAAGGAAACUCAACCACCCUAUCAGCUAGUGUAAAUUUUGUUGAUUUGGCAGGAAGUGAGCGUGCAUCUCAGGUAUCGUCAGCUGGGGUGAGAUUGAAAGAAGGUUGUCAUAUAAACCGGAGUUUACUUACUCUUUCAACCGUCAUUCGUAAGCUCAGUAAGGGAAGACAAGGACACGUCAACUACAGAGAUUCUAAGUUGACCCGCAUACUGCAGCCUUGCUUAGGUGGAAAUGCUAGAACAGCUAUCAUUUGCACUUUGAGCCCCGCGCGAAGUCAUGUUGAGCAAACUAGAAACACACUUCUUUUCGCUUGUUGUGCAAAAGAAGUGACCACUAAAGCACAGGUUAAUGUAGUGAUGUCUGAUAAGGCCUUGGUCAAGCAAUUGCAAAAAGAGUUAGCUAGGUUGGAAGGCGAGUUAAAAACUCCUGCUACCUCCAAUUGUGAUUAUGUAGCUUUGUUGAGAAAGAAAGAUCAACAGAUAGAAAAGAUGGAUAAAGAGAUUAGGGAGCUAACUAAGCAACGCGAUCUUGCUGAAUCAAGGAUUGAGGAUUUGCUGCUCAUGGUGGGAAAGGAGCAGGCAUCUAAAAAAGAAGAAGAAGAUGCAUGGGAUGAUGACUGUUCAGUAUCAUCAGAAUCAUCAAGCAUUUGUGGUCCCAACGUACGCAUUCGAGAGUUCAACAAUCCUCACUAUAAUGGUGGAGGCAGUGGAAGUAAUGAAGAUGAAGACCUUGAUGAAUACUGCAAAGAAGUUCGAUGUGUAGAGUUGGAGGAGUCAAGUAGAGACAACUCAUCGCUAAGUGAAAAUGGGGAUUCAGCUUUGACAGUAUCUGGAGGGGAAAAUGGUACAAGCCAGGAAGUAUCUUCACAUUUGAAUGAAGAUGAUGAACAAUCUCUACGUGCCAUGUCAGGAAAUAUGUCAAAUUAUAGGAAUCUCAAAUUGACUAGAAGCUGGAGUUGUUCAGAGUCUCGCAUGGCUGGUUCUCCUGAGAUAGGAGAAAUAGAGAGGACACCAGCCAAUGGGUUUGAAAAAGGAUUCCCUGGAAGACCAGAUGGUUUGUGGAAAAAGUUCAAUCCAUUAAAUUUCGAUGGUUCGACAAGAUUUUCAAGGAACGAUUCUGAGUUAAGUCAGUCGUCAGUGGAUGACCUUAGAGGCACCAGCAAGAGAACAUCUGGCGAUGAGGAUAUUACUAGCAUCCAUACUUUUGUUGCUGGGAUGAAAGAAAUGGUCAAACUUGAAUAUGAAAAGCAGCUUGUUGAUGGUCAGGAGUCAGAAGGGCAACUAGUGAAGCUAGUGAGGAAUGUGAAAGAUGUAGGAGUGGAUCCAAUGCAGGAGGCACCAGAAACUCAUUUAGACUGGUCUCUGAAGUUCAAGAGACAGCAGAAAGAGAUAGUUGAACUGUGGCAAUCUUGCUAUGUACCAUUAACACACAGGACCUACUUCUUUCUUUUGUUCAGGGGUGAACAAACAGAUUCCAUUUACAUGGAGGUAGAGCUUAGAAGACUAAGUUUCCUAAAAGAAACAUUCUUUGAUGAAAAUCAGUCUGCGAAAGACAGCCAGACAAUCUCAUUAACUUCAAGUGUGAAAGCGCUUCGGCGGGAGAGAGAAAUGCUGGUGAAGCUUAUGCAGAAGAGGUUUUCUGAGGAAGAGAGGAAAAGGCUAUUCACAGAAUGGGGUAUUCGGUUGAAUUCAAAGCGCAGGAGGAUGCAGCUAGCAGACCGUUUAUGGACCAGCACUGACAUGAACCAUGUAAUGCAGAGUGCUGAAAUAGUUGCGAGGUUAGUAAGGUUUUCAGAGCAGGGACGCCCUCAAGGAGAUGUUUGGGCUCAGCUUCACACCUCAACUCCAACUCACACGGCGGAGAAAUUCAUGGAAAAAUAGUAACAGAGCAUCUCUUCCAUAGUCAUUCUUUUUUUUUUUUUGUCGAACAUGUGUGUACAGCUUUAGAGAAAUUUUAUCACAUUCAUCAUCUUUGUUCACUUGUUCAAGCGUGACAAACUACUCACUUUAGAGGAGUUAAAUCGCGAGACAAGUGUCUCUUCGUGGGGAUAGAGAUCCAUUACUAUUAACCUAUACUUUAGGUGGUUGUGUUGUAUUUAUCACCAUUAUGGUUUUGUUGUACCGGUUAACGAAUUUGACGUUCUUUUC